GUGAAGAAAAUCUGCGCCACAUGUGGUCAGUGGGAAGAAUGGCCCCUUACAUUGGAGGUCAAUGGGAAGAAUGGCCCCUUACAUUGGAGGUCAAUGGGAAGAAUGGCCCCUUACAUUGGUGGUCAGUGGGAAGAAUGGCCCCUUACAUUGGUGGUCAGUGGGAAGAAUGGCCCCUUACAUUGGAGGUCAGUGGGAAGAUUGGUCCCUUACAUUGGUGGUCAGUGGGAAGAAUGGCCCCUUACAUUGGAGGUCAAUGGGAAGAAUGGCCCCUUACAUUGGAGGUCAAUGGGAAGAAUGGCCCCUUACAUUGGAGGUCAAUGGGAAGAAUGGCCCCUUACAUUGGAGGUCAGUGGGAAGAAUGGCCCCUUACAUUGGAGGUCAGUGGGAAGAAUGGCCCCUUACAUUGGAGGUCAGUGGGAAGAAUGGCCCCUUACAUUGGAGGUCAGUGGGAAGAAUGGCCCCUUACAUUGGAGGUCAGUGGGAAGAAUGGCCCCUUACAUUGGUGGUCAGUGGGAAGAUUGGUCCCUUACAUUGGUGGUCAGUGGGAAGAAUGGCCCCUUACAUUGGUGGUCAGU